CCCCCCGCAGGUCUACCACGCGGUAGAGUCUGCCCGGCGGGCGAUGACAGAGCUGAGCUUGGGCCGCCUGGACUCGGCCUUCCAGGCCAGCAAGGCUGCGGCCACCUCGUCCGAGCGGGCUUUCUUCGACCCCUCCCUCCUGCACCUGCUCUACUUCCCCGACGACCAGAAGUUCGCCAUCUACAUCCCGCUCUUCCUUCCCAUGGCCGUCCCCAUCCUUCUCUCGCUGGCCAAGAUGGUUUGGGAGAGGAAGCAGCGCCAGAAGGAGCCCACCAAGAUGGACUGAGGGGACGGGGUCUCUGGACGCCCGGGCAGCGGAGCAGACUCUUGCCUGGGCGGCUGCCCUGAUGGUGGUCGGCCCGGACAGCAUGGCGGAGCUCCCCGUUGGAGGAAGGGCGGGGCGGAGCUUUCCACGGGCUGCUCCUCUUAAGGGAGCGCGUCCCUUUCGCUGCGAACGAGCCCAAAGGACUUCAGGAACUCUCCUUAAUGCUGGCCAGGCUGGACGGAGAGGCGACUCCGGCUCAAGGCUCAGCUGCCAGGGGUGCUGGGCGUUUCCCAGCUGAUGCCCACGAGGCCUCUUGGAGGGCACAAGGGAGCGGAAGGGGGAGAUCCCCCCCUUUGCCUCCCGAGCAAGCAUCGGACCGAUCUCCCAUUAAAGUUGGCUUGGCUGACCGGUGGGAGCGCUGAGCCUCUUUUGCAGUUCGCUUGUGUGUUUUUGGA